ACCACUAAAAAAAAUUUCAAAUUGGAUUGGAGUGACUCGGAAUCACAAAACCACCUCCCUUUUUUCCUCUUAAAAGUAUAUAUUUAUGUCGGAAGUAGGGUCACACGAGGGCUGACACUGAAACGUGGACAGUCUGUGUUGGUCCACGUGUCCCCACAUAUAUCACCCUUGAAACAGCACUUGGCCGUUUCUUUCCAAUUUCCCAGACUACAAUUACCAACAAAAUAGCAACCGGUGGCUUUUGUUUCGUUCUAAAUUAAGAAUUGGGAGAGAAACCUCUGGUGUCUGUUAAUUCUGGAAUUUAUUUUUCUCUUUUCUUUCAAUCUUCUCUCCUUCUUUUUCAUUUUCUUUUUUCUAGGAGUAGUCUAUUAUAAGGGUCUUAAGAAGUGGAGGAAGAUUGAGAGUUGUUUUAUUUGGUUUUUCAGGAGAGAAUGGUAGGUAUAUGGGAUUUUUCUUUUGCUCUUUAAGAAGUGAUUUUUUAAAAAUAUAUGUAUAUAUAUAUAUAUAUGAAAUAACUUAAAUAUACAGCAUUUGGUGACACAAAGAAGCCUUCAAAAGAAAUUUUGAUGGAAAUUGUUUUGGUAAGUAGAUUUAUAGUCAAUAUAAUCCAUACCCAAAUGCUGUUCACAAGAUAUAUAUAGGAAGAGUUUGAGCCGUGCAAGCAAAAGGAAUCAUUUUUAAAGCUCCUUAAGGCAAAAGAAGGAUUGGGUUUCUCUCAAAUAAGCCAAAAGGCUUAAUGGGAUAAAGGAGAAGAUGGAUUUUUGGCCAGAGUUUCUUGCUAGCAGUUGGGGUAGAGAAUUUGUGGCUGGAGGGUUUGGAGGCAUUGCUGGUAUAAUCUCUGGUUAUCCCCUUGACACACUCCGAAUUCGACAACAGCAACACUUGCACACGGGUUCAGCCUUUAGCAUCCUUCGAAAUGUUGUCUCCACCGAAGGGCCUGGUGCCCUUUACAGGGGCAUGGCAGCACCUUUGGCCUCUGUCACUUUUCAGAAUGCCAUGGUUUUCCAGAUAUAUGCAGUCCUCUCUCGAGCAUUUGACUCAUCCAUUUCACCUAAGGACCCUCCUUCUUACAAAGGAGUGGCUCUAGGAGGAGUUGGUACUGGUGCGCUUCAAAGUCUAAUGCUCGCACCUGUAGAACUUGUUAAGAUUCGCCUUCAAUUGCAGGGCACAGGCCAAGCGAAAACAAAGAAAGUUCAACCAUAUAAAGGCCCUGUAAGUGUUGUCAAAAGCAUAAUGAAAAGAGAAGGUUUGAGAGGAAUGUAUAGAGGUUUUACCAUAACUGUUCUUAGAGAUGCACCUGCCCAUGGUGUUUAUUUUUCGACUUAUGAGUAUAUGAGAGAGCAUCUUCAUCCGGGCUGCAGAAAAGGCGGCCAAGAAAGCCUACAGACAAUGUUGGUCUCUGGAGGACUGGCUGGAGUUGCUAGCUGGAUUUGCUGCUAUCCAUUAGAUGUUAUCAAGACCAGAUUACAGGCUCAGUCUCCAUCUUCUACUCCUUUGAAGUAUACUGGUAUUAUUGAUUGUUUUCAGAAGAGUGUGAAACGUGAAGGAAUCAAUGUGCUAUGGCGAGGGUUAGGUACUGCAGUUUCUAGAGCAUUUGUGGUGAAUGGUGCCAUUUUUGCUGCUUAUGAGAUUGCUCUGAGGUGCUUAUUCAACAAUGGCAGUAUUGAAGCAGAUACCACAAUCUUUGAAAAGCAAGAAGAGAAAUUGUCUAAUGGGAUUUAAUUUGCAAUAACUUAUGUUCAUUAUUUGAUGCAUGAUUACAAUUUUUCAAAAGGAUAAAAAUAAUUUCAGUUGCAAUAUUACUUGAUGCCUUGAUAUAAGAUUUGUAAUACAUUAUCACCAAACAGAUCAAGGAAAUGGAUGAUUUUCAGUUGA